AUGGCUGACACCUCCAAGUUGCAUCCUGCGACUAUCGUUACCAAUAUCAAAUCAUGCAUUCCUAUUAUGCUUGACUACGAAGGAAGCCAAUACAAUAACUGGGCUACCCUCUUCAAGCUCCAUUAUCGUGCAAACUUGGUGAUCGACCACAUCUUACCUCCUGCCUCCCCCACCGUGCCACCACCGGCAACUGCAGCCGAAAAACUUGCUGCUAAGGCCCUAUGGGAACGGCUAGAUGACAUUGUUCGGCAAUGGAUAUAUGGUACGAUAUCGAAUGAUCUUCUCAACACGAUCAUUCAUCAAGAGAGGACACGCCCCGAGGCUUGGGACCGCCUUGUUCAUCUUUUUCAGGACAAUAAAUCAGCUAGGGCUCUCGCUCUUGAUACAAAGUUCACCAACACCAAAUUGGUGGAUUUUUUGAAUGUGAAAGCAUACUGCACCAGGCUGAAAAUUCUUGCAGACAACCUUGCCAAUGUCGGUCACAAAGUUUCCGACGAACGACUUGUGCUUCGCCUUCUGCGAGGCUUGAGGAAGAUAGCCAAGCCGAGGACGCCAUUCACGACUCGGCUCGCUAGCACUCUUGUUUCCCACAAUGUUAAUCCUCAGAAUUUCUCAGGCAAUGGACAGCCCAAUAAUUCUGAAAAUAACUUCAACAAUCGUGGAACUUCGCAGAAUCGUGGAAAGAAAAAUCACCGUGGUCGCAGCGGCGGCAACCGCAACAACCGCGGUGGCAGCGGCAAUGGACAAAGCAGCGGCGGGGGCAGCCGCACCACUGCACAGCCGCAGCAGCAGCAGGGACCCACUGCCCCGUCGUGGUAUUAUCCACCGUGGGCAGCUUGGGGGCCACAGCCGUGGGCCACCCCACCGUGCCCCUACCCCACAGCUGGGUGGCAGCAGCCCCGUGGCUGGCAGCAGCCGCGUCCAGCUCCCUCGCAGCAGGGAGUUCUUGGUCCUCGUCCUCCACACUCGUUCUACUCGUCAGCCUCGUCAUCACAUGGUGGGUAUGCGCCCACAGAUAUUGAUCAAGCUAUGCACACAAUGUCGUUGAAUCCGCCCGAUGACAAGAAUUGGUACAUGGACACCGGAGCCACAUCUCAUAUGACCAACUCCCAAGGAUUUACGAACGGGGAGCAAACUCAUGAGAUGUGAGAGUUCGGGUGAUCUUUAUCCAUUCUUCAAAAAUUUUCGAGCCAUCUCGUCUUUCGCACCAUCUGCUUUUAGUGUCAUCUCUCCUCAUA